UUUUCGACAUUCUGUGAGGAAAGAGAACGGAAGUCUGUUGGACGCGAAUUAACCAUGUCUUUAUCCAAAGCAAUUACAUAUAAUCGCCAUAAUUGGAAGGAUUCGAGUUGUCCAAUUCUAUGCCCGUCGUGCUUGGGCGAGAAUCCGAACGUGCGCAUGAUUAAGGAGCGCUACGACAAGAAUUGCAAGAUUUGCACUCGGCCCUUCACCUGUUUUCGCUGGUGUCCGGGCAUGCAGAUGCGCUUCAAGAAGACGGAAAUAUGUCAGGCAUGCGCACGUAUGAAGAACGUGUGCCAGACAUGCGUGCUGGACCUGGUGUACGGGCUGCCCACGCAGGUGCGCGACGUGGCCAUCAUGAACGCCAACAAGAGCGCUGCGCGGGCUGCGAAAAAUAAAACGCUGAUCAAGUUGUCGCGCAUGGCGCCCUACUACACCCAGAACAGGUCGCGUAUCUGCUCGUUUUGGCUGCGGGGCAGGUGCAGGCGCGCCGAGGGGUGCCCCUAUCGUCACGAGAAGCCGCACGAUCCGGAUGAAGUGCUCUACAGUCAGAAUAUCAGGGACCGCUACUAUGGCAACAACGAUCUCGUUGCCGAGAAGAUGCUGCAUCGCGUCGGCCUGAUGCCCAAGCUGGACGUGCCACUGGAUAAAACCAUUUCCACCCUCUACGUGGGCAACCUGUCCGAGCAGAUCUCUGAGGCGGAGCUGCUCAAUGUGUUCUAUCCGUAUGGCGAGAUUCGCUCCGUCACUCUGGUGCCGCGCCAGAGCUACGCCUUCGUCCAGUACUUCAAUCGCAGCGACGCCGAACUGGCCGCCGAGCGCACCUUCAGCAAGCUGUCGCUGAAGGGCCGCAGGCUCAUCAUCAAGUGGGCCCGCACGCAGCAGAGGCCCUUCCCGCUCAACUUCAACAAGAAUCGCCGCUAUGCCGGGGAGGAGCUCAGUUUUGGCAAUGGCGAGAUCUACAUCAUGCCGCCCGGCCUGAAGCUGCGCGACUUGCCACCCAGCCUAAUCCCGACCUCAGUCUACAAGCAAAUCGUGCAGAGAUAAAUCUUGCUGCCAAACUAUAACACUUUGCACAUUUCUCAACACACCGAGAGAAACUCCCGUAAAUAUUAACCAAAUAAAUUAACAACAAUUCAAUUUUCGCUGCUUCGACUGCUUUGACUUAUGUUUACUUCUUGCCAUAGUUCUUGAUAGAGAAUUGGUAGACAAAUCUAACAUCUAAUAUUUGCUUGCUCUGUUGCUGAUUGACAUCAAAUUGAGAAAUGGAAUUUGUCGAUAUAUUGCUGAGGUGAAUAACUGCACAAGAUGAGGGCUUAGGAGAAACCUAUAAAGAGCUAACAGCUAGGCAUACCCUGUAAUCAAAUUGGCUAAACAGUAAAAGUUGUGGUAGCACGCAUAAAGUUGAAUUAGGGCUGGAAAAGGCUUCAGUAUACACAUACAUAUACACAUAUACGCUGUUGCAUCGGUGUGAGUUUAUGAUUUAACUUAGUUGCCUAUUGCAUUGGUAUUAGCGUGAAUGAGUUAGCAUUUUAUUGACAGUUAAAAAACCCAUUGUCACUUAGAGUGAGAGAGAGUAGACAAAGACAACUAUAGCUAUUGCUGAGCAUGGUUGUCCCGUUUGUUGUUACUCACUCGAGCAUAGGGCUGCAAUGAUAUCGAUAAUCAAAAAAAAUGCAGCCAGAGAUAAUUAGUUGGACCAAAAUAGGCAAUGGCUCAAGAUUGUCGGAAGAGCGAACCGGA